CUACUAUCCUUAAAUCCAUAUCGUUAAUUAUGGGAUACUGCGAGCUGUGCGACGAAAACUUUGGUUCCGUGGGAGCUCUGAUGCAGCAUCGGCGAGAUUCACCCCGCCACAGGUAUUGUCUGCGAUGCGAAAAGCCGUUCAAUUCAUUGUCGGCCCUAAGUCAGCACAUCCGCGGUUCACCGAAGCAUCACCUUUGUCACUUAUGCCCUGGCUCUCUUGACUUCUCUAGUUUGGAUGCGUUACAUAGCCAUCGAGAGACCGUUCAUCACUACUGCAAUCCUUGCAAUCGCCGCUUUAAUACUUCGGGGCAGCUUCGAGAUCAUGAUAUUUCGGAGCAUAAUAUGUGUAGUGUCUGUGGGAACUACUAUCAAUCUCCUUCAAAUCUCAAGGCCCACCUCAUUACUCACCAACCAAAGAAUAAAGAAUGUUUUGGGUGUUACAAGAUGUUUUCAUCAUGGUCAGCUAUGCUACUACACAUGGAAUACGAUGGCUGUCCAUCAGAAGUGGAUGAAGACGAGAUAAUUGGUAUUGCUCUUGAGUGCUAUCAAUAUAAGCGUUACAGGUGCGAUGAUGGAGAGAAUAACUUUGAAUGCCCAACAUGCGCGUCGCCAUUCUUGCAUAUGAGUGGCCUUUUACAGCAUGCUGAGAGCGAUGCCUGCCGGGAAAGUCUCUCACAAGGACGGCCUUUGUCAAAAUUUCUACACUUCCUACGGAUACGACUAGCUUGAGCGUCUGAUUUAUGUUCUCUGUUUUCUGCGGUAAGCCCAAAUGCUUUAUGUGGAAAUUUUCUGCGAGGAUUACAUAGGCGUUAUGCUCUCCUUUUUUACUUCUUUCGAGUUUUAUCCGCCGCGGUUGAUGGAUGUAGACCCAAUAAAUUGAGUGGUGCUACAUACAUAUACUGCAUUGAGUCAGAAUAUCCUUUCGAUUUCUUGGUACAUGACUUCACGUGUCCCGUCGCCCUCUCUCCCUUCAAUAGUCCUGCUUCAGCUCCAUCCCUCCCCCAUGUUGAAUCUAAUUCCAGCUUAUCAUUUGUCAAAAUUCUACUGGGUUAUUUUGAUACUAGUUAGUCUAUAGAAAAAGUCGAAGACUUCUUGAAUGCUCUAUCGAAU